CUCGUUUUGCGUCAGUAGACGUAACUGAUUAACUAGCCUCUCACCUAAUCCGCCAUGUCGUUACCGGCAGAAAUCGAUCACCUACACCCCGAGGCGCAGCUCAUGAUUCGAGCAGGGGCUGAGAAAGGGGUAAAGAAUUACGAAGAUGCAGACACAAUAGAGGAAUCGCGAGCAAUCGUGGAGACACUGUGCGCAGAAACCACCCAGGCAGCCAACUAUCAUUAUAAAGGAGAAAAGCAGAUAUACACGGUCCCAUCACCACAUAGCCAAGCUGGAAUUCCGUUAUGGGUGUACCGGCCCAAGCCUUGUCCUCCCAGUCCAACUUUACUGGUGUUUUUUCAUGGUGGAGGGUUCGUCGUCUGUUCCACAAGGACCCAUGAAAUCUUGAUGCAGAUGAUGGCUGAUUUUACGGGGUGCAUAGUGGCGAAUGUAGACUACCGCCUGGCGCCAGAGAACAAGUUUCCUGCACAGCUAGAAGACUCAAUAGUAGCUGUAAAUUGGGUGAUGGAAAAUAAGGAGUUAAUUGGUGGCAGUAAAUCAAGCAAAGUGGGCACCAUUGGUGACAGCGUAGGAGGCCAACUCGCGACGACAACUGCCUAUGAGAUCCCGGGGCUGGCGUUUCAGGUACUGCUCUACCCAGUUACGGACUGGAGACUGAACAAAGAUUCCUACAAACGCUACAAAGAGGGGUACUUUUUGUCUACAAAACAGAUGGAAUGGUUUGCCAGUCUUGCUUUCGGCUCUGUCGCUGAGCGAAGCGACCCCAGGUCCUCCCCGUUGCUAAGACCUCAGUUGGAGAAUCUGCCUCCUGCCUUGUGUGUGGUCGCAAGUCACGAUGUUUUAGUGGACGAAGGAAUAGAGUACGCCGAGAAAUUGAAAGCAGCCGGUGUACAUACAGAAAUAAUGAAGGUGGAAGGAGUAAUGCACGCUUACUUGAGUUUCCCGUGUUUUUACAAAGAGAAUGUGAAGGUCACUUUGGAGAAAAUAAAAGAAUUUGUGAACAUGUUUGGGAAUUAGACCAAUCGAAAGUGAAACUCGACAAACCGCUAUGAGUAGAAAUUCAAUGUGUUCAAGUGAAGGAUGUUAGAAGAUGUUAGAGUUAGAAAAGCUAUAUAUACGAUAUACCCGCCAAAAUGAAUUUUCUGCAGGGAAAAAGCAAUUUUCUGCUACUUGAUAAUAAUUGCUCAACCCUUUCCUGUUUUUCGAUUCUAUGAUUUAGUUCUAAAUUACUGCCAUUUUGAACACCAUGUCUUUCUGUAAAAUUCAGAAGUAAUUCUCGACGUCGGAAGUUUAAUUUUUUAAGGUCUGAAUUGGGAAACGUAUGGAGCUUUGCAGAAUAUGUAUGAACGUGACUUUGGGUAACUUAAAAAAAGCGCACAGUAUACCUUUUAGGAUGUAUUAAGGUAGGACUGCAGGUUGGAGAUAUUAUCCUAAAUUAAAGAUCUAAGCUUUUUUUUA